UCUUGGUGUAGACCUCCGAAGUUUUUUCUACGCCCACUGACUUUCGCAGGGAAUAGACAUUUUGAUUAUUACUUAGCUAGGGAAAGUGGUGGGUCUGGGUCUCUACCCACUUGUACUUACGAGUUCACGACACGUCUUAUCUGGUAGCUUCACCGACUAAAGAAGUUAUGGCAACUGUUUCCGUUUCUACUGGAACCGGUCCCGGCACUGUUGACACCACGACAGCAAGUAAAUCGCGGUUGGAGAAGUUACGUCAGUGGCAGGCCCAGCGCAAAAAGAAAAACGAGCUUCGGCCCAGAUUUUCUCCAGAGGGCCGCAGCGUUGCGCCUGAAAUCCGUGGCGAUGACGCUUGUGGUGGCGCAGGCAAGUCCGGUCCGUCGGAGCGAAAGGUAUCAUUUCUAUCAACAAAGGAGGAAAAGGGUACAAUUUUUCGAACGAGGCCACUUCAGAGCGCUGCUGCGAAAUCACCACGGUUUCCUCCGCGCAGUUCGUUCGACGCUGCCGCUUCCUUGCAAAAUAAGGGAGGCUCGUCCUCCAACGGUCCCGGUGCUGCCUGCAGAGAAAGAACGAUUCAAGGAACAGGCUCUUCGCUUUUUCGCGAGCAGGAGCUGGCGCGUUUGGCACAGGUGCCGCAACCAAGUUUUUCCUACACCGGAAGCAAGUGCGUCGUCGCGUCACCCCCGAAGAACGUCCAGGACCGCGUGGAGGAGCCUUCCAGUGGAUCGACCCUGCUGGAUAUCAAAUCUCACUUGGAGGAGACGAAGCCAUCUCUGGCUUCCGUUGCGGCACGAAACCUGGCAUCGGCGUCUUUUCGCAGAGGAGCUCCCGCUCGCAGUACCGCGUCUGGUGGCGCCGAGCGCGUGAGCUUGAUCGGCGGAACUAGCAAGAAGGUGCCGAGGUUGAAUUUGGGUACGGAAAGGAACCAGGAGCAGGAUCCGAGUUCGCCCGACGAGAAAUUUCGGACUCCGAUCGAAUCCGCGCGCCCAGAGAAUUAUUUCCACGGGGAUCUUGCGGCGCCGCGGUGGAGGGACGACAGAUCUGCGUCCAGCGCCUCACGUCGGCUGACAGACCUACUCGCUGAUUCGCGCGCAGCGUCGGGGGCGGGGUAUCCAAGUAGGAAAGUAAGUGGCCGCAGUAGCGCUGCAGGGCUGCAACCAACGGGAGCCAAUUUGGUCGUGUCCUCGUCAUGUUCAUCCUCUUCCAGCACGUCUCGUCCUCAUUUCAACGCGUCGACCUCCGGAGUUGUACCACCGUCGAGGUCAUCAUACAUAAAUGCCACUACCGGAAGCGGAGCAGCGCCAGCGUUGUGGUCGUCGCGAUCGUUGUCGCCACGUGUGAUGCAACGGGGAAGCACAAGGUCGCUGUCACCCCGAGAUUUCUCCUCGAAGAUCGGCGGCUGCUCUUCUUCUUCAACAAUGGCCCACCUACUUUCAGGUCGUGGAUCCUCUGCUUGGACGUCCUCCUCGAGAACGAGAAACACAGCGACCAGAACAUCCAUGGGGGACAUGAUCAAUAAACCGACUUCUUGCAGCAGCUCGUCGUGCUCCAACGGUUUUCGGUCCGUGUCCUACAAAACUGGCGGUGGUUCGUCUGUCGGCGGUCCGCGGCGGCCAACGCUCUCAUCCUUUUCGGGCUCGAGGUACGGCUUGUCGCCAAAGUUUUCCUCUUCUUCGAGGAGCGCAUUUGAUGGAACGAGGAAGGUCGACGCGGUGAGCGCUUCGUUUGCCUUGACGGCGAACACAUACGCGUCCAUGCGGCCCUCGUCCUCCUUGGACCGCCUUUAUGGCACUUCAUCCCACAGCGCUCCCACUUCGCCCCGCGCGGAGCUUUCUGAAUUUGUUGACCAACGAGCGCAGCAGCGCCGUCUCUGGGAUCUGGAGUGGAAACUGGAGCAGGCGAAACGCGAAGCUGAUUCCAUGAAGCGAGAAAGGACCACGUUGGUUCAAGACCAAGAUCGCAGCAUGCAAUCGCUGCGUACUUCCGAGCACGAAGCGAAACGAGCAUUGCAACUCGAGGUGGAGGAACUGAGGAAAAAGCUACGCAUGGCCGAAUCAACAUCCGCAGGCAGGAGUGGAACCUCAUCCGCUUCGAAGUACCAGCGACUGCAACAGCUUUCUUACUCAUUCACUCCACUUUUACCUACGGAAACGGAUCAACUUGGAAUAUUCUAUUAAACCAAGCGCAAAUAAAAUUCUUGUCUUUGCGAAUGUUGUUUUUCAGAAAUUGAAAAACUUUUCACAGGUUGGCCGCCGAGGUGCGCGAGCUGCGAAGUGAAUUGCGGCAGCGUGAGCGCGAGGCGCAGCAGCAGCGCCAGGCUUAUGAGAGCGAGCUGCAGCUCGUAGACCAGACAAGCAACGAACGGCUACAAAAACUGCAGGAGCAAUUGACGACGUUGCGAACGGACAAUACGCAGUUGCAAACAGAGUUGCAGCAGUACAAGACGGAGUUGCGGCAAACGGAAACCGAUAUGGACAGCGCGGAGUCCGAAGUGCAGCUCCUGCGAAAACAAGUGACAGACUUGAACGCCUCGAUCGUAGUCCAGCAGCAGCAGCAGCAACACGUGAGUAAGAAGGACGGCGUCACUGGGGAAAGUGAGGAUCAGCAAGUUUUGUUUGACGAAGCGGUGAAAGACCUCGAGGAGCGUGAGCAGGAGCUUUCGAAGGAGCGCGCGUUCCUCGAAGAGCACUCCGCCGCCCUGGAGGGGGAACGGGCCGAGCUGGUUCGCGAGCGGGCGGAAUUUCUCCAGGAGCUGAGCGCGUUCGAACAAGAAUGCUCGAAGCAAGAAGAUAUGAGCAACAAUUUGAAUGUUCUCUCGGAACUCGAAGAAAAAGUGGACACCCAUGUUGCGGCAGAGGAAGAGAGGCAGAAGCAAGUUUUGAUCAUCGAGGCUCUGCAGGAGCAGCUCCGCGAAGCCAAUGCGGUGCGCCGCGCGCAGACGGUGCAGCUUUUGUCGGUGAAGUCGAGCUUGCAGAUAUUUUGCCGGGUGCGGCCGCAUCGAAACCACGCACUCUUUGAGGAGAAGCGGACGCCCAAGAGCUCGCCGCGCGUGCAAGAGCGAUGGAAAACGUUGCUCGGUGAUCGGAAGCUGUCGUCUCCCGCCCUGGGAGUUCAUCAAGCGCACCAACACCCUUUUUCGUACACGAACGGCAUGACUGCCACUGAGGCGGCACGCGCUUCGUCGCUGGAACGCGGAAGUGCGAGUGUUCUAUCGUUUGGGCACGAGGCCGCUGGUGCAGCAGGGGGUGCUUGUUCGAAAGGCUUAAAAACCGUGUACCUGCACGAUGGCAGUCGCGGAUGCGGCGGGACUAACGGGACGACCUCGAGCAGCAGCUCUGGUCGUGUCGGAAGCCCGCUCGGAGGUACACCAGGUCGAGGGCAGCUAAAAGUUUCAUCCUCGUCUAGCAGCAACAAGCAUGCCUUUGCCUGCUUCGACCAGGUUUUCGGCUGCGAGUCGCAAAACAGUGACGUGUUCGAGUCGGUGCAGGCAACCGUCGAGGGCUGUAUCGUCAAGAACGCGAAGGCGUCCAUUUUCUGCUACGGCCCCUCCGGCAGCGGGAAGACACACACCAUGCUGGGGAGCGCGAAGGAUCCGGGUGUCGCGGUUCGGGCCGUGCGGUUGUUGUAUGGCCACCCCGAUUUCGCCGCUAGUCUGCACAGCUUCUCGCUGGUCUGCGUUGAGGUUGACUGCACCGCGGACGGAAACGCACCGCUCGCGGGAACUGCCGGUUUUGGAGGGGGCGUUGCUCCUUCGUCGAGCAGCAGUAGUACCAGAUUUGGCGCUGGGGCGAGUCGGCAGGCGUCCCCGCGCGACCACCACGCCGGCGGCACGAGAACGACGCUCGUGGACCUCUUGACAGGGACCACAGUGGAGAUGUCGCAAAAUUUCGUGGUCCACAAAAAUAGUUCCUCACAGCAGCCCGUGCAGCUUUCGCCGGACCCCGCGGUGUACCCGAAAUCGGAGCAAGAAGCGGUGGACUACUUGGCGCUGGCGUGUCAUCGGCGCAAGACACUGGCCACAAAAACCAACGUUUUUGGGAGUUCGCGGAGCCACGCGGUGUUCCAGCUGCGAUUCGCGGCUCCGGGUGGAGGAGUGCUGAAUCUCGUCGACCUAGCGGGUUGCGAGCGUUCCGCAGCAGCAGGAGCGGGCGAUAUUGAAACGGAACACACUAUCAGUGCCCCCGUGCAGGGUAUGCUCUCGAAUUCCAACGCGAAUGCAGCAAAGUUGGACAUGAAAACCACGAUCGCUAUCAAUUCGUCGCUAUCGGUCCUGGCACGUUGCUUCCGCACGGUGGCACGCGAACACUCGGCGGCAAUCGCGCCGGUGCGCGAGAGUGUGUUGACCUUUUUGCUGCAAGACUGCUUCAAGCAACCGGGUUCUGCAAGCGGUCAGUUGAGUAAUCGUUCCUUCGUUAGCCUGAUCCUAUGUCUGGCUCCCGAAGAAAAAAACCGCUCGGACACGAAGCACGCCUUGCAGUUUGCCAGUCACUGCAGUGUGAAAUAA